AUGCUGACGGGCGGUCGAUUGCUGCUAUUUGGACCUGUCGCUACUUGCGAUUACGGCUUGAAAAAGUCUGCUUGGGCUGCUGAGAUACUCUUGCACUUAACACAGAUGCUUGCGCGAUCUAAGGAGCGUCGUGUACUGCCCAAAGAUGCUUCCUCGCUGUACUUUCGAAGAGGAAUGACAGAUGGCCUCGACAAAUUCGCGCGCUUCGAGGCGGGCAGGCGUUGUGCAGUCGCGCAGGAGCGAGCUGUGCCCAAUGCGUGUCGCCUUGAUCUGACGUGUCAGACCGAGGCUUGA